CACUUCCCCAAUUUUGGCUCGACAAUAAUUGCGGAUUUCUUUUGUCCCUGAUCAUACUGCACACUGCGAAUGCUAUUGAACAGACCUCCACAGCAUAAUGGCGCCUUUCGCUCUAUUAGAUCAGGCCGAAGAAGACAAGCUUCAUGCUACAAGACUGCUUGGUAUUGAAGAGCGCCCAUUCAGACGCCUAACGAAAAGACUUCUCGCCCCAACGACCCCUAUAAACUCGUUCCUGUCUCGAAAGAGCGAGCCAGAAGAGCCCGCAGCGGAAGAUGCAGACACAGAUACAGACACAGGAACCCAGCAUGAGCAAUUUCUGAAAGACAUCCAGCGGUUUCGCGAAGAUGUAAUUCUCGAUUUCGCCGCGUUCGAGAGCAGCAUUGCGCGCAUCCAAUUUCUAAGAGCCGCCAACGAACGAGAGCGAGAACGCUACAUCGAGGAAAAGGCAAAGAUCGAAAGGACAGCCGAAGAGGUCAGACAUAACACGUCCAGCCUCCGCUCUCAACUGGAUGAGGCGCAAAAGACGCUUGCCAUCCGUAAAACCUACGACGUGCUAGCGGAUGAGAUCACGAAGAAUGCCGCAUUGAAGCCGCGUGACGAGCAACAUGUCAACAUUGAGAAACUCAAGGCCGAAAUCGAGGAGUUGGAGCGCGAGUCGCAGGAACAUACCCAGGCCUGGGUCGAAAGGAGAGAACAGUUUGGCAAAGUCGUCAGUGAAGGAAUGAGAUUACGCAGGGUGAUUCGAGACGAGAAAGAGCCGGAGAAAGAUGAGGAUGGGGCAGAGCAGGAGGACGGGCAAGAGGACGACCAGGAUCAAGAGAACAUGCUGGGCGUAGACCGUGCAAGGGAGGGCCUAUCCAACGCAGGUACGCCGAGACCGAUGCACGAUGCGCCAACUCCGCUGGCGGAUCUACGCGGAAGUAAUGCGAUGACGCCCACCACGCUGCCCGAGGGCGGAGCGACGCCUCGGCGCGUGGCAGAUGAGGAUGUAGAUAUGGAUGUUGGUGCUGCAACGGGAGAACAUGCAGGUGGAAGUACAACGGAUGUCAAGGUCGAGAAAGCACCAGACGAUAUGGAUACGACGUAAGAUUUCAGGAGUGGGAUAUGCAUUUCGAUGCUUUUGGCUGUUGACACGCUGUGCUGCCGAGAGCUUGGUCUGCGAUGCUCAAUGACCUUCCUUUGCAGGAGCAUCUUGGUGCGUUCCUUGCAACGUGCUGUAGCAAUAUUGGACAGGUAGCUCUGAGAGUCCAUGAGGACAUCAUGAGAUGCAUCACCUCAAUCCUCCGAUCUUGGCUCGACCCUUUGGCGACCGCGACCGCUUAGCGGCCACGGUCUCGAAGUCUGA